AGUGAAAUAAAGGAAUUGAUUUUCCAGCUCUAAAAAGAUCCGAAAUGGAGCGUUUUGGAUCGAUUAAAGCGAGCAAAAAUGCGAAUCACAUUCAGAAUUUGUGUCGUUUGUGUGGCAUGGCAAAUCCGGGAAUGACGGAGAUUUGCGAGGACCUGGGACAGUCUGUAAUUGACUUGGACGACGAUCCGACUUUGCAGAUUAAAAUUGAGGCCUGUAUCGGGAUUUAUGUCACACCAGAUGAUAAAUUGUCGCAGUACUGUUGCGGAAUAUGCACCGACAAAAUUUGCGACUUUUACGAGUUUCGGCUGAUGUGCCAAUCAACAGACAUCCAAACGCGACGAUUAAUGGGACUACCCUCACGUGUCGAACGACGAUUGGUUGUCGUGAAACAAGAGUCAAAAAUCAAGCAGGAAGAGUCACUUUUGAUGGAAAUUGCACCGCCGCCCGAUGUCGCCGAGUCUCGUAAGCAGCCCAACAAACGACCGGCGCCGAAAACUAAAUUUCUCGAGCCCGUCGUGCAAUUAAAACGCAUCAAAAUCGAACCCGAAGAGAUUUCUUGCUCCGUUUGCAGCGAAAAAUUCGUGUCGGAGGGCGACAAGUACGCCCACAUGUACACCGUUCACGUCCCGAGCUACGCCAAAUACGGCUGUUCGUCGUGCGGCAUCUCCUUCAAUCAGCUCGACUGGAAGCAGCAUCGUUCGUGGCACAUGAAACGAAAAGAACCGUUCACGUGUGUCCGUUGCUUCGAGCCUUUUGAUAAAUUUCCGAUUUUCGCCAAGCAUUUCCAGACAGCAAAGUGCAUGUUGCCGCCGCCCGUCACCCAACCCGAUAUUCAAUGCGAAUUGUGUCGCAAGCGCUUCGGCACCCGCAAUUUGUACCAAUGGCACUCGUGCUUCAUCAAAAAUAAGACAAAUUGUCGCAAGUGCGGACAGUAUUUCGGCAAUAAAACGAAACUUUUUACGCAUUUUCUCACCUGUCCGUUGCCGUUUAUCGAUGUGGCGUCGAAAAAACCGCCGGAAACGCCCAAAACGAAACUUAAAAAGACCGAGCCACGCACGAAUGUCGUAAAAACCGAAGACGAUUUGGAUAUUUCGGCACUUUUGGAAACGAGUUUGCACGAAACGAGCAAAGAUGAGCCCUGUCCGUCGAAAAUUAGUAACUUGCUGGAGUCCGUAAAUGACGCAAUUGACAAAAUUUCCGCCGAACGGAAAAAAUCCAAGGAAGAACGGAAACACAAGAAGACUCUGAAGAAAAUUACUCCGAUGAAAUUGAGAAUAAAACGUGAACCAGAGGUGGAAACGAGUCACGAUGAUGGCCCCGAAGAAGAUCAAAUGCCUCCCGAAGAGCAUUUUGGAGAUUUUGACGACGAGGACGACGAAAGUUCGCAAACAAGUCACACAACAACGACUGAAGCUUCGGGAAAUGUCACUCCCGCCCUUCGAAUUAAGCAGGAAAAAAUCGAUGCCGCCUACGAAGAUGUCCGGGAAAAGCCAAAAGAGCCGGAAACGUUGCAAGAUGUCAUCAGAAAUAUCAAAAAAGAGCCUGGCGUUCACACGCAAGAGGAGCUACGUGAAGUUGUAAAGUCAUUUAAUGCCGCUCCGAAGGUCAAAAAGGCCAUCAAUCCACUGGCGAUGAAAAAUAAGAAGAAAACGACGCCAACGCGACAACAAUUAAUACUCAAAAUCAAAAAGGAACGCUCAGAAACCACCGAAAAUGGUGAAAAAACGGAAACUUCUAAGGAAAUUCCAGUCAAAAAAGCUCUCAAUCCCUUUGCGGCAGCGAAAAAGAAGAAAAAUCUACUUAAAAUUCCCGCACAACUGGCACUCAAAAUCAAAAAGGAAAAAUCUCAGGCGAAAGAAAAGCCGAAAAAUGUCGUCAUUCCAAGUAUUCGCAUUAAACAAGAAAAACCCGACAGUGACGAAGAACCUCACAACGAUCAAACGGAGGCUCCGGACUACUUUGGAAUCAACCCGUUAUCGAUUUUGGUACAAAAAAAUGCACAAAAGAAGAAAAAUGGCGUCGAAAGUGUUGCUGAGGAAACAUCAUCCAAGCAACCUGACGAACCUGUGGCAACUGAACCUGAAAAAUCUCCAUCGAUUCCAGCAACGACUCCGAAUCCCUUGUCAAUAUUUGGCGCCCAAAAAGGUGGUUUUGUCAAAUUAACCAUGGCUGGACUGAAUUUCGGGUCAAAAAGUGACGAAAAUCAACUUCCGGUAAUCUCGAAUGUUUCUAGUGGAGUCGAAGAACCGCAAAAUGAAGAAAAAAAGGAUGAGGAAGUAGUUCAAGAAACAGCAGAAAAUAGCCAGAAAAUAGAUGAAACAGUUCCUGCAGAGACAAGUCCAGUUGUGGAAGUGAAAAAGCCAGAAGAUGUUCCUUUAAAACCCAAAACCGGUGGGUUCAUGAAGAUUUCCGGAUUGACUUCGGGGGGAUUUUUGCAAUUUCCAGGUAUUCCAAAUUUACCGACAGAGCCAAAACUUUCCUCCAACAAUCCAGCGUCUUCUCCUGAAAUUGCCGAAAACUCUCAAAAAUCACCCGAAAUUAUUCCCGAAGCACCGAAAAUCAAUGCACCACCGCUAAUUCCGGGCCUCCAGAAUUUCAGUUCGGGCUUCAUGAAGCUCUCUAUGCCCGAAUCUUGCCCCAAAAAUGACGUGCCCGACACCGUUUCCAGUACAAUAUCCACCUCGAUGGACCUGGACGACCUAAUUUCGUCGCCGCAAUCAUCACAAAUCGACAUGGAAUCCUUACUCAAUGAAAAACUGCUGGACGAGCAAAGAAACGCCACGACAUCCAGCAAUUGUGAUACCGAAGAAUUUCUCAAAGAAAUUGACGAUCAACUGAGAGCCACGUAA